AUGGGUAGAUUCGGCUUCAAGAAGGGCGACGACGAUGACAAUGACUCCAGCAGAAGUGCGCUGUUCGGCUCCCGAUCCUCAAAGAACAAGUCUCCUGCCUCUCCAUCCCAAAAUCCAUAUGCACAAGCCGCUAUCCCUCCAGAUGCCUAUACAAAGGCUAAAAUGAACGCUGGAAUCGUCCCACCCCAAGCUGGAGGCUUCCAACAGGCCUCCGACCCUCGACGGCAGCAGGGUAACUAUGGUGGUGGCCUUCCAGCGCCCGGCCAGCAGAGACCAGGCGGUGGCGGCGGCGGAAACCCAUAUGCCGGAGGUGCACCAGAUACUUAUGGCAGUGAUAAUAAAUAUGGCUCUUCACAAGGCGGUCAAGGCGGCUACGGGGGCAAUCAAGGAGGUUACGGUGGCGGUCAAGGGGGAGGUUAUUCUUCAGAGAAAUUCGGUAACCAGAAUGGGUAUGGAGGAGGAGGCGGAGGGAAUCCAUACGCAAGCGGUCAGCAGGCCGGUGGAGCACCACGGCAAGGUGGUUAUGGUGGACUUGGACCCAGCCAGUACGACCAAGACAGCAAUCGAGACGAAUUGUUUGGUGGAGCUCGUGAGCGGGUGCAGCAGCAGAAGCCACAAAAUCCUGCUGGAGGUCCUCCUGAUUAUCAGUAUAACCCAGAAAAUAAUGCCGGAGGAGAUAGAAGCUAUGGGGCAUAUGGCGACCGGCAACUGACCGCCGAAGAAGAAGAGGAAGAAGAUAUUGCAGCAACCAAGCAAGAAAUCAGAUUCAUGAAGCAACAGGACGUUGCAUCAACACGCAACGCACUCCGCAUCGCUGCACAGGCGGAAGAGAUGGGCCGGAACACGUUGGCCAGACUUGGUGCUCAAGGCGAGCGAAUGCAUAAUACCGACCGAAAUCUUGAUAUUGGAAACAACCACAUCAACGUUUCGGAAGACAAGACGAAAGAACUCAAAACCCUCAACAGGAGCAUGUUCGCUGUGCACGUCAACAACCCAUUUACAUCCAAAGAUCGGCGUGCUCAACGUGAUGAGGCCAUCAUGGAGCGCCAUCACCAAGAACGUGAGCUCCGUGAAGCCACCCGAGAUCAAGCCUUCAAGUCAACACAACGGAUGAACCAGAAUUUUAAGGGCAUCGACGAGGCGUCGAACGGUCCAAAGGCCAAGACCAGCCUCGCUGAGCGAGCCAAAUACCAGUUCGAGGCGGAUUCUGAGGAUGAGGGUAUGGAGAAUGAGAUCGACCGCAAUCUGGACGACUUGAGUGGUGCGGCUAAGCGUCUCAACCUGCUGGCCAGAGCCACAGGAGAAGAAGUCGAACAACAGAACAAGCUCAUUCAACGAAUUGCCGAAAAGAGCGACCGAUUCGACGACAGACUAGUCUUCCAAACCGAGAAGCUGAAGAGAAUCCAUUAA